AUGUGUUACUGCCCACCAACAUCGGCAGCGACAACUCGAACUGGAGGAGGAGGAGGGACUUCUGUUUAUGUCGUGAUACCAACACUUGGACUUGGUGGAUUAUCGGGACUUGGCGGCCUUGGGCUCGGCGGUCUUGGUCUCGGCGGUCUUGGGCUCGGCGGCCUUGGCGCCUUAUCUACUCUUGGCGGCCUCGGAGGUCUCGGCGGACUCAGUGGACUUGGCGGCCUCGGUGGCCUCGGUGCCAGCUAUGGUCCAGCAGUGAAUGGCUUAUGUCCAAUUGGUGUUGCAAUUGGCGAUCGGUGCUAUGCAAUAGGAUAG